AUGGAGAAUACAUGCCAAGGAGGGAGGGGGGAGCACGGGAUAAGUGCAGCUGGGAGGAUAAUGGACAUUCAAAGCCCCUCAAACUUACCCCAGCCUUCCAGUGGAAAAUUAGGAAGCAUGUAUUUGGAAACCCAUGGCAUGAGGUUUGCGGGAGAGGGUGAACUGGGGAUAGUGGGAGGAGGACAGCAACAGGAGAGAAGAGACUGGACAUUGGAGGAGGAGGACAUGUGUGGGCCCAAGGGGAGCAUCACACGAAAGGACUGGGACAGUCCUAUUGUCCUGCAGCAUUCCACUCGAGACGUGACUUUUGACGAAGACUGCUCAUUUUUGGGACACGCUUAG